UCAUCCAGCAUGUCUCAAGCAAAGCCAUAUCGAGAGUUCAAGUUUGUCGAAAGCGGAAGUCGUAAGCGACGCCGGCGAACAAGAUCGAAACCCAGUGCGAAGCCUACCUCCCAAGCAGACGCCGAAAAUCAUGUCGGCUGCAGCGACGCUCUCCAGAGCCCUACGGCGCCUUGUAUGACGUACCAACAGGGGCAUGCAAAACCCGUAGACAUCCCGUCCCCAAUGGAACCGAGACCGGACGAAAUUAAUGUUUCGAGGAUCUUAUCACCACUGGAUGAUGCCGUCUUGAGCGGUAUCUACCAUGCUGUCGACGAGACUUUCGGCGACGACCUGUUUAAUCCAUUCUUCGACUCAGGUAUUAGCCCUACCUCCUCUGGAGAUCAGCUUGGCAACUUUCCGUUUUAUUUUGGACCCGAUAUUACGAUAUGCGAAAUAGAUGAAUCCUCUUUGGCACUAGAUACGUCUACAGCACAAAAUCGGGAGCCGGCGGAUGAUCAUGAACCAUCUGACGUGGCUAAGGAGACUGACUUUGAUGUCAAUGCAUACCAAGCAACUCAAAACAUCGAUACGUCCUGGAUCAAUUCCAAUAUUGGUAGCAACAGCCUCAGUAACACAAUUACACAUCUACUUACCAGAUAUAAUCAAGAAUUCUGCGUCAUGCCCUUGACCAAUGAUUUUGAGGCUAAUCCAUUCCGAUUCGAUGCUGCGAGGUGUCAAGGCUCUCAAUUGCUUUGGCACUCCAUUCUGGCCCUGUCAUAUCGACAUCUGAACCGUGAGAGCGGAAUUUACUCGGAGGAGGCAAAAACGCACAAAGAAACAGCACUGCAGAUGUUGAGAGACGUGGAAAGUGCCACUGAGGAUACUAAUCUCGAACCCACCCUCCUAGAUGCUGUGCUCAUUCUCAUGACUCUAGAUUUUGGCUUGCUAAUCCUAUCGCAUAGGUGGGACGUCACACUGGCGCUGACUACUCGACAAGGCUGCGUUCUAUCAGAGUCAACUAUAGUCAACUUAUUCAAACCGAUCUGCAGCGCGAAACCAACAUUCUACAGCGUGUCUGGCUGCCCCGAGGCCUUGUUCAAACAGAUGGUUCGAUUAGGCUCGUAUGCGAGAGAGUUUGAACUUGCAUCGACCAUGGUUUGCGUCAAUUUUGACAUGAACCCCGUUUUGGAGGUGGAAGCGGCCAUUAGGGAAUGGAAAGAUCAGACAUACGGAGACAUUUACGAACUAUGUUCAUCCAAGGGAUUACCAGAAGGAUACAGCUGGGCAAACAUGAUGCACCACGAAGACCUCCAUCACUGCGCCGAAGCCUGGCGGUAUGCCCUGCUCUUGUACAUUAACAGGGUCUUCAAAUGGCAACGGGACAUGCCGCCGUCUCCAUCCCUCUCCUUUUUGGCUCGGAAAGCGCUCAAUCACGUCACAUCGUGUAGACGGGAUUCAAUGGUCCAGAAACAACUUCUACUUCCAGUAUUCCUAGCUGGCUGCGAGACCACAGAUGAACAUUUACGCCAAGAAGCAAAACAGUACUGCACUUGGUGGAGCAACAAAACCCGUUACGACAUGUUUUCUACCACAACUGAGCUGCUUGAGGAGGUCUGGGCCGACCGUAGUGAAACUGCUUGGUGGGGCUCUCUCAUAGAUGAAAAGAGUCGUUCGGGCAGUAAGCUAUCCAAGGGCCGUCAAUAUUUAUUUGGUUGAGAUCAGUUGGCGGCAGCACCUUUGAUAGUAUACCAAAUUGACGGUGCGGAAGGUCCAUGUAAGAAGCGGCUGUUACUGUAGCGGAAAGAAAUAAGCGCGUGAUACAGAGUACUCGGCUAGAUCGCUUUAUGGCAAAGGCCCUUGAGCAUGAAAUACAUGCGGAAUGUAUUACAGAUCUUAUAUUCUCU